AUGGUUGCACUGAACUGUGGAGCGGUUCCGUGCGGAAAGUGCAGAUCUAGUGUGACCGACCGCUUUACUUCUUUCAUCAGCGGCAUCUGCGUUCGCGGUGAGAGCAAGAGUAAUACGAGUCUUCCUUUUCUUGGCACCGCGAGCGCCCCUGGUGCAAAUGGAGCUGGAGGGAGCCAUAGCAUAGCAGAAUCCGGUUUCAUCCAUGUUGUAGAUAUCUUUAGGCUCGUAAAGGUCGGUCAAAUCUUGUGGUCACUGACGGCCGAGUGCUACUUCGACGGGAUCAGCAGUGCCAGCUUCGCCAGGGAGUUUCCGGCUCGCAAGCUAUGCCUCCGUUUCCCGUCAGUACACCCUCCUUAA